AUGGAAAGUCCAAACCAGAAUAUGGUAGAAAUACCAUUGGAAUGUAAGCAUCCAGUGGAGGUAACUGAGCAAGAGAAUGAUUAUGAAGAAAUUGAGAGCUCUUCCUCUAAAGCCGAUUGUGGGGAUGAAACUUAUGUCUCACAAUCUGAAGUUUCAGUGAGUACUUCCAAUGAUAAGUCAUUUGACACAGUCUCAGACCCAGGUGUUGAACCAAUUGAGCCAGAGCAAUUACCCAAACGCACUAGAGUGAGACCAGAUAGGUAUGGUUACAAUAACUUGUGUAUGGUGGAGUGUGAAGACAGUAGUCAAGGAAAGAUCACACUCGGAGAAGCAUUAAAUGGCCCAGAAAGUCAUUCAGAGAAAAUGAAGCUUGGGAAGUGGUGGACAGGCCAAAGCAAGCUACAGUGGUUAAGUGUAAGUGGGUGUUAA